AGUCAAACAUCUGUUGCUAAGGUUUACUUUAAUAAAUAUCAUCAUUAACAAUGUUAUUACAAUGAUAUAUCAAAAAUUUUCAGAUCAAAGUUGAUCUAUUAAUGCUAGUUAUGUAAAUAUAAAACUUGCAUUAAUAAGAUUGCAGUUAUUCCCCUUCUCUUAUAUGAUGAUUUUAGCCAUUAUAAUCACUUGAAGCAGAGAAAACUAAUAAUAUAUAUGGAGUUGGUUUCUUUUAUGGUUACCUUAUUAGUUGUUUUGAGUCUUUUUUCUCUGUCUAGAACAACUUUUGCUGUGGUUGAUACCAUUAGAGAAUCUGAUAUUAUGAGAGAUAAUAACAACACAGCUUUAUUGGUAUCCAAAGAAGGAAUGUUUGGAUUGGGAUUCUUUACUCCAUCAACUAGUUCAUCAAAGAAUCGUUACCUGGGAAUUUGGUACAACAACAUUACUGGUAACCAAACUGUUGUUUGGGUUGCAAACCGAUGUGAACCGAUCAAGGAUUCAUCUGGCUCGUUGAGUAUAAAUGACAAAGGAGAUCUUGUGCUUUUUUCUGGACAGAGUAAUAACAGAGUGGUUGUUUGGUCUACAAACUCGUCGAAACAAGCUCGGGAACCACUUGUUCAGCUCUUGGAUAAUGGUAACUUGGUUUUGAGAGAUGAGAAAGAUGCAAACACAACAAAUUUUUUAUGGGAAAGCUUUGAUUAUCCUACUGAUACAAUGUUACCAGGAAUGAAAUUGGGAUGGGACUUGAGAAGAGGUUUAAAUAGGCGAUUAUCGUCGUGGAAGAGCUCUGAUGAUCCUUGUCAUGGAGAUUUCACUUAUGGGAUUGAGCUUGAUGAACCAAACCAUACAUUUCCUCAACUAUUUAUUCGUAAUGGUUCUUCGAUUUUGUAUCGCGAAGGGCCAUGGAGAGGAGUUAGUUUUGGGGGAACUUCGAAUCAUGUAUCAGUUUCUUGGGAAAGCUCUAAUUAUGAAUUUGAGCACAAUGAGGAUGAAAUUUACUUCACUUACAAUGUUGAAAAUGAGUACUCGUUGAUCUCAAGAAUUUUUUUGAGCCAAGCAAUUGAUUACAUGAGAUGGGUAGAAGAACAAGAAGUAUGGGAAUCUUAUUACAGAAUUCCAGGAGACAUAUGUGACAAUUAUGGUACUUGUGGAGCUAAUUCUAAAUGUAUCAUAGUGGAUGAUCAUCCAAUUUGCCAAUGUUUAGAAGGUUUCGAGCCAAAGAAUAAAAAUAAUUUGUCACAAGGAUGUAUGAGGAACAGUUUUGUGAGCUGUAAUGAUAAAGAAAAAGAUAUGUUUUACUUAAAUUCUGAGUUGAAAGUGCCUGAAACUAAGUAUACUUGGGCAAGUAAAAGUAUGAAGCAUGAUGAAUGCAAUGCUUAAUGCUUAAGCAAUUGCUCUUGUACAGCUUAUGGUUAUAAUUCCAAUUUAGAUGGUAGUAAAUCCGAAUUAGCUAUUGGAACUGAGUGUGUAUUAUGGUUCGGGGAUUUAUUUGAUACUCGAAAUAGCAAGGGUACUUAUGGCCGACAACAAAAUGUUUAUCUUCGAAUACCAUUUUCGACAACAGCUCCAAAAGAAACAAGUGUUGGUGAUAAUGGUAAUGGUAAUUCCAAGGUGAAGAAAGUAGUGAUAAUUGUAGCUGUCAUUCUCUUUGUUGGAUUAGUUUUGAUUGGCUAUUACAUUUACAGAAGGAGAUACAUUAAUGCCACUAAUAAUUUUUGUGAGAGGAAGCAAAGUGAAGAUGAUGAUAUGGAGCUUCCAUUAUUCAACAUAAACACAAUUAGUACUGCCACUAAUAAUUUUUCAGAGGCUAAUAAGCUUGGAGAGGGUGGUUUUGGACCUGUAUACAAAGGUACCUUGGAAGGAGGUACAGAAUUUGCUGUGAAGAGUCUAUCAAUGAACUCUGGACAAGGAGUCAAUGAGUUCAAAAAUGAAAUUAAACUAAUUGCUAAGCUUCAACAUCGGAAUCUUGUCAAGAUAUUUGGUUAUUGUACUCAUAAAGAAAUGAAGCUAUUAAUUUAUGAGUACAUGUCCAACAAAAGUCUUGACUAUUUUAUUUUUGAUGAAAGUCGAAGCAUACUAUUAGAUUGGCCUAAGCGCUUCCAGAUUGUAUGUGGAAUUGCUAAGGGGCUUCUCUAUCUUCAUCACGAUUCAAGAUUGAGAAUUAUACAUCGGGAUCUCAAAGCAAGUAAUGUGUUACUUGAUAAAGAUAUGAAUCCGAAAAUUGCAGACUUUGGCUUGGCUAGAACUUUUGGUGGAGACCAAAUAGAAGGAAAGACACGCAUAGUAGUAGGAACCUAUGGUUAUAUGGCGCCAGAAUAUGCCUUUAAUGGCCUAUUCUCAAUAAAAUCUGAUGUAUUUAGUUUUGGCGCGUUGAUCCUAGAAAUUGUAAGUGGGAGAAAAAGUAGAUCCUUUUAUGAUGAAUAUAGUAGUCUCAAUCUCAUUGGAUUGGCAUGGAAUUUGAUGAGGGAAGGCAAUGAAUUUAAGCUUAUUGAGAAGUGCUUACUAAAAGAUCCGAAUGAAAACAUGGAAGAAGCGUUGCGUUGCAUCCACAUUGGCCUUUUGUGUGUGCAACAAAUGCCUAUUGAUAGGCCUGAUAUGUCUUCUGUCGUUCUAAUGUUGAGUGGUGAGAGGUUGUUGCCUCAACCCAAACCGCCAGCCUAUUGGAAUAGCACAUAUUCUUCGGAUGCAGAUUAUUCGUCCUCUAAGCGGCCCCAAUCAGGCAAUGUAAGCAUGACAGUUGUCGAGGCGCGAUAGAGAAUUCAUACAACAAAUCACAAAUUUUUAUGUAAAUUUUCAGGCUUUAGCAUCAUUUCAAUUGUAUAGUUGGAGCUUUCCUUAAUUAUAAUGAUCCAUUAUUAGAUUUAUUGCCUACUAUUGUUAUCUAUGAAUUUGGUACAACAACAUUCCAGUUCACACUCUUGUUUGAGUCACAAACCAAUGUAACUUGAUCAAGGGCUCAUCUGGCUCCUUGUUGUUUGGUCUACAAACUCAUCGAAACGAACCCGAGAAGCGUUGGUUGAGUUGUUGGAUGAUGGUAACUUUGUUUUGAGAGAUGAGAAUAAAGAAAACUAUUUGUAGGAAA